AUAUGUCAAUUUUCUCUUAGUUUUUGUGAUUUGAGAAUUCGGUGUUGCAUCAUAUAUAUUUAUCAAACGAAAUUUUUUCAAAAUAUAUCUUGCUAAGUUAAUGACGAUGGCCAAUCUAGAGGUUGGCGAAAAAAAUUGAGAUUCGUCAAUGAGUGGACAGGGCAGCAGUGUUAUCUAAAUUUUACAGUUGCCAAUUCGCAAAUAAUUACAGUAAUCGCACGCUUGUUAUCAGCUAAAAGUUUUCGAUUCAAUUUGAAUUCGAAAUAUUUUGCGGUUUUAUCUUACUUUUGUCGCUGUCGAGAUAACAAAUUUGUUUUUCUAGUACUUGGAAAUUACCAGACUAUUACAAUUACUUUCGCAGCAGGGUGUUACAAUAAAGCCACUGCAUCCUAGGACAAUCAAUCGGAUGAAAAAGUAUGAGGUUAAAGUAGUUUAGAAUCCGAAGCUCUCAGUUGGCUGUUGCAACUCCAAAAACGGAGCGAAGUUUUUCGAAUGAAGACAAUUUUGAAACAUUUUUCCCAACCCUCAAGAUAUCCAUGCCUCCGAAGUUUCUCUCUCAUAAGUGAAGUUACUGAGCAGCUUUUCCGGCGUGUGCAGGACUUUGGUGAUGGAAAAGAGGUGAAAGUCACAAUGGAAGAUUCGAAUGCGGAGGAUCGGAAACCUUCUUCUUCAAGUAGUUGCUCAAGACGGCUCUCCAGGACCGCCAAGAGUUCAUGGCGAAUAUCUUCCUCGAAUACCAGGCCAAGCCCUUUUCUUGAAACGACGUUCGAAUGGCUACGGUCACUUACUCCGAAAAAACUCCAAGAGUACGAGCAAGAAGAUGCCAAAGAGCACAGAAGCGGAGUGUCUUCUGCCGAGACACUGAUCAAAAAGAAAAAGAUACUCACGGUGCACACAGAAGAUCCUCCCAGCCAUCGUCGGACAUUGAAUUUGUAUGAGGCCUUCGGAACCACGGCCAAGAAAACGGCACCCGGAUCCGGAUUACAGCCCCUCUUGGUGGUUGAAGUGAAUGAAAAUGGCAUGCUGAAGCGCAACCACGUGCCUUACAAGUAUUCGAUGGAAGGCAAGUGGCUGCUCUACGGAAAGCACAUCUACGUUUUGAAAGGACAUGCCUUCAUCGAACACAAGUCCAGUCCCACCUUUGUCUCUUGCCUGCUAUGCGUUACAACGGGAUUCCGGAUGCCUCAGAACUUCUUUCAGUGCGUCGACUGCGAGUAUGUCUGCAACAAUUUACAAGAAGCCUCAGUUACAGAGGACUGCGCAGUAGCUAAAAUUUUAACCCAGGAAAUGAAUUUUCCUUAUGACACUGUUGAAUCGAAAGUGGAGAAAGUUAACUUCUUGUGAUUUUCCUGAGUUUUAGUUCUACAGGCAAAAGGAAUUCUACAGUUUGAACACACUGAUUGAGCUUCCAACAGAGUGGAACGAAUCAUUAUGCAGAGCGAAGCGCAAAACUUAUAAACAGCUAUGUAGUAUUUACCACAGUUACCAUGGCAACUCAUUCAAGACCAAACGAUUUUCAGUUGAGCCUGAGCUUCAUAUCUUGCACAUCGCAAACUUGCGCCAACAGUAUUUAUUGAGUCCAGAACGCGCCAACAUUUUUAUUUAUUUUAUUUUGCAUUCUUUUGCUUAACAAGAACGCCAGCAUUUCAUAACUGAAGUAUUAAUGAGACAAGUGGCAACAGGAUUUUUGUUGUUUUCUAUUAAGCGUCUCAACACCAAAGUUUGCAAAAAAAAAAAGACUGUGUUGAGGCAUUUUUAUUCCGCUCGGCCAAUUUAGCUUCAGCUAGUUUGCAAGCAAAAGAUGCCAUUAAUGAUUUUUUAUUCGUGUCUGUAUAGUUGUUACAACGUAUUUUUCUAUUUUAAUCAUAAUAAAUAAAUA